GCUCAUCUGUUAUGUUCUUUGAUAAUAUAAAAACAUUCGAGGUUAUCUGAAUGUACGAAUAUUCAUUUUUAAGAUUCUUCAUUUUUUUUUCGACAGAAAGAAAAAAAAAGAAAAAUUUUCAAAUGCAAAAUAGAACAAUUUCUUCAUGUACAUGAAUUAAAAUAUGUUUGAUAUUAAUUCAUUUUAUCAAUCAAUUAUAGAAAUUUUGAUAACUUUUAGUGAAACAUUUAUUCGGUUUUGUAAUAGUUUGAUAGAAACCAUAUUACCUACUUCCGGUUCUCUUUCACGUGUUGAGAAAAUUCAGAAGUGGAAUAUUUUUCUUUCUUUCUCAUCAAAACUGAACUGAAAUGCAACACGACGACGUCAUAUGGAGUAUUAUAAAUGGUUCAUUUUGUUCCUUCAAAGUCAGAACAAAAUCCCAGAAGUUCUGUAGGAAUGAAUACAACUUAACAGGCUUGUGUAACAGGGCAUCCUGUCCCCUAGCCAACAGUCAGUAUGCCACUGUCCGCGAGGAAAAAGGUAUAUGUUAUCUUUACAUGAAGACCGUAGAACGGGCCGCAUUUCCCAACAGAAUGUGGGAAAAAGUCAAAUUGUCCAGAAGCUAUGAGAAAGCUCUGCAGCAGAUUAAUGAACAUCUCAUUUACUGGCCAAAAUUCAUUAAACACAAAUGCAAACAGAGGUUUACAAAAAUAACACAAUACCUUAUUCGAAUUAGAAGACUUGUGCUGAAAAGAAGGAAAAAACUGGUUCCAUUAAGCAGAAAAGUAGAGAAAAGAGAGAGAAGAAAAGAGGAGAAAGCCUUAAUAGCAGCCAAAAUAGACACAGCAAUAGAGAAAGAGCUGCUUGAGAGACUGAAAUCCGGAACUUAUGGAGAAAUUUACAACUUCCCAAGCCAUGCAUUUGAUAAAGUGAUGGAUGAAGAAGUUGAGGAAGAAUCAGAAAAGGAAGGUGAAGAUGAGGAGGAGCUGGAAGAAGAGGAGGAAGAUGAGGAGGAAGGCGAAGUAGAGUAUGUGGCUGAAGAGGACUUUGAAGAAAGUGAUUUAUCAGACUUGGAGGACACUGAUAGGCUUCAGGGUGAUGACAGUGAUGAGGAUAAUGAAAGUAGUAGUGAAAGUAGCUCAGAUGAGGGAGGAACUAUUAAAGGAAAGGGGAAGAAGCUUGCAGCCAAGAGGAAACGUCCCAGAGUGGAGAUAGAGUAUGAACAGGAAACAGAUCAGCCAUCAACCUCCAAGGUCAAAGCAAAGACAUGAUAAGAGGAAGUGAUGGAGCACAGACAUGAGACGAGGAAAUGAUAACGUGUCUUUAUUUUACAUCAGUUGUAUUUUUUAGUUUUUUCAAAUGUGCCACUGAUGAGGAAACUUCAAUCACAAACAUCUAGAGGAGGUUCAGAAAGGUUGAAAUAGGAUUUCAAUCUGGUAAAUCUGAUUUUCCUUUCUAUAAAAUGGUGCUUGCAUGAGUUUAACAAUGUGCAAAAAUUGUACACUUCCUUACCAGUGUUGUAUGCACUGUUUAGUACAUUUUGUACACAUGAGUGCAUAAAAUUGUAUUUAAAAUGAAAUAAUGUUACGUUUGUACAAAGAUACAUUGUAUUGCAGUCAUAUUGAAGGUGAAUAGGCAAUCUCUUCAUACAUGUUACAGAGAAGAAUAAAUAUUGUCAUUUACUCUAUAUAGAAGCUUCUGUUUAUUUUAGAUUCAUAGAAAUUUUUAAAAAAAAUUUUUUUUUGGUAAACAAGGAAUUUCACUUGUUCUUUGUUGACUAUUAUUGGGUUUGUUUUAAAUUUGAAUAAAAUUAUAAAAACUUU